CUAUGCAAUAAUAAUAAUAUUCUACCUUCCUAUACAAUACCUAUUAUGUCUAUUCCCCUCCGAAGCGAUGCUCCAGCCUUCCAAGAAAUCCCAAAUUCACAAAGGUCCGUGGCGACGAGUUGGUGACGUGCAACAUCAUCCCCUUUCAUUCACCAGUCCAUGAUUUGUGCAACAUUCCUCGAGCCACUCAGUGGCUCCUGUGCCUGCAACAUGCGAUGGUAAUUACAGGACAGUCGGAGCCUCAAGGGAGUGUGACGCCACCGUUUCUUGAGCCUCAUCUAGCGACGGUCUACAACUAAAAGAAGGUGAAGCUGCAUACUGAGGAGCACUCACGAUGCCCUACCGAAUCCUACCGGUAAUUAUGUCAUGCCCGCUGACACAAACAAUGGACUUCGCUUCACAUCAGCAUGGCAGUCCUUCUGGCAUACCAUGACCUCAUACGACCGACAUGCCUCCCAUGAUUCUCCUUAUCGAUCAGGACAGCAUGUUCCUCUCAACUCCUCGCGUCACGCUCCUCUCACGUCCGUUGCGACCGCAAUGGAGUCGCACUCCGAUCUUUCUUCAUAUCCCGAGGACCGAGCCAUGUCUCCAGGAUCACCAUACAAGCCGGGAAUGAGGUCAAUGUCGGGCAAUUUAGCUGGUGCCGACGAACGGAAUAGUAAUUCCGACCGAGCGCCCCCUGGCUCGAUUCAGAUGCAGAGCUUCUCAGACGGCCACCCUCCACCACCGCCGGUAUCCCAUAGCUGGAAACGGAUCGAUCGCUGGUGCGAGGACAACUACGUGGAACUCUCCGAUAAUCUGUCCGAUCCAUGCACGCAGAACGAUAUCAACGAACUCGAACACAUGCUCGAUUGCACGCUCCCCCUCGAAGUCCGCGAAUCGCUCAUGGUCCACGACGGCCAAGAACGGGGUGGAUUGCCCUCCGGCCUCCUCUUCGGCUGCAUGCUCCUCGACUGCGAAGAGAUCGUCGAAGAAUGGACCAACUGGCAGCGCGUCGGCGCAGAAUUUUUCUCCAGCGCCGCCCUCCGCUCUCCCCCUCCGGCCCCCUCCGCACCUGCCCGCGCGUUCGGCGGCGCCGCUUCCUCCGCGGCGGGACCUUCCUCCGCCGCAUCGAGCCCCACCGCCGCCCUCCUCGCCCGCCAGCACUCCCUUCCUGCCCACGCCAUCCAAUCCGCCUACACCUCCCCCCACUGGAUCCCCCUCGCGCGCGACUGGGGCGGCAACUGCAUCGCCAUCGACCUCGCCCCCGGCCCCGCCGGCAAAUAUGGCCAAGUCAUCCUCUUCGGCCGCGACUUCGACACCAAAAUCCUCGUCUCCCGCUCCUGGUCCACCUUCCUCGCCUCCGUCGCCGACGACUUCGACGCCGGCAAAGCCGAGAUCAUGCAGGACGACGAGGAAUUCGGCUCCGGCGGCGCCCUCGGCGGCUCCGACUUCGCAGCCGGCCAGCUCCGCCUCCGCGAGUUCAAGCGCCGUCCGAACAAUUCCGCCGUCGACCCGCCGUUCAUCGACAUCCUGCGGUGGCGCGCCGAGAUGCGCUACGGCGCCCGUCGGCGCCCAACCGGUCCGCCAGGAAAGAAACCGGGGCCAGGGGGUCCCGGAUUGCGGAUUAAUCCGAACGCGCCGGCGGCACCGCGAGGGAACGCGUCGCCCUACUCGUCGCCGACGGGACGGGCGCCAGAGGGAAGCGGGUUCGGCGAUCGCGGACGGAGCCCGAGUCGGUUCCCGGGGAAGAAUGGCGGGAAAAACGCUGGGAAGAACGCGGCCGGGGGAGCGGGGCGCGGGGCGAUCUCGAGUCCGUUGGCGAGGGUGGCGGAGGAGGCGAAUUUGCCGGCGCCGGUGAGGGUGAUGACGGAUGGGGGGUCGAUCGGGAAAGAGAAGUUGAUCAAGCGGAUCACUGGCACUGAGAAUGGGGUCACGACGGAGGAGAAGGGCACGGAAGAUGAUGGCGUUGAGGGACCAGUGACAGUUGGGCUUGGGCUGGAUUUGAAGCCGGCGAGUGAAGUUGAGGGGAAGGGGGAGAACGCGAGUGGCGGUGCGGUGAAAGAGGAGGCAAAGGAUACGAAGAAAGGAGGAGACUUGGAGGUGGUGGAGAUCUGA